AAGGGGUUUUGAGUAUAGGCUCUCUGUUUCGCAUCUGAUUUAACCCCCCCCCCCCUUUAAUAAUAAAGAUCUUGGAUUCUAGACCUUUGGUGAGCCAGAAUCAGGACUAUUACCUGGCAAGAUUUCGGUGAGUCUGUCCCCCUCCCCUGUGGGUGAAGCUUUGAGUAAAAAGCAGUUCCAAUGGGCAUAUGGAGGAGUGUAGGUGGGCUAGGCUUUCAAGUGUGGAUGCGUCGCUGUGUAGAGCCCCAUUGGAUCCAGUUGCACCCGUCUUGCCUCCAGCAUCCUGUUCCCAACAAUAACCAGGUGUGAUAGCUGCCACCCUCCUUCAAGAUGCCGGAACAAAGUAACGAUUAUCGUGUGGUGGUCUUUGGCGCCGGCGGCGUGGGGAAGAGUUCUCUGGUCUUGCGCUUCGUCAAGGGCACUUUCCGCGACACGUACAUCCCGACUAUUGAGGACACCUACCGGCAGGUCAUCAGCUGCGACAAGAGUGUCUGCACCUUGCAGAUCACUGACACCACAGGGAGUCACCAGUUCCCAGCCAUGCAGCGCCUCUCCAUCUCCAAGGGCCACGCCUUCAUCCUGGUCUUCUCCAUCACCAGCAAGCAGUCCCUGGAGGAACUGAAGCCCAUCUACCAGCAGAUUGUGCAGAUCAAAGGCAGCGUAGAAAGCAUCCCCAUCAUGCUGGUGGGGAACAAGUGCGACGAGACGCAGCGCGAGGUGGAAACGAAGGAAGGCGAGGCCGUGGCCAAGGAGUGGAAGUGUGCCUUCAUGGAGACGUCAGCCAAGAUGAACUACAACGUCAAGGAGCUCUUCCAAGAGCUGCUCAACCUGGAGAAGAGGAGGAACAUGAGCCUCAACAUUGACGGGAAGAGGUCCAACAAGCAGAAGAGGACAGACAAAAUCAAGGGGAAGUGCAGUCUCAUGUGAAACGCCCCAUGUCUCCAUUCUCCUCCUCCACCUCUUCAUUGUUGGUGUCCACAUUCCAAACCGUCAUUCACGUUCCUCCUCUUCCUCACCUUUCUCUCUCCCUCUUUGCAUCUUAGCGCUGUGACGACAUUAGGGACGCUGUAACACCUCAAGCUCACUUGCCGAUGAUUUCUCCUCUCUGCUCCCUCCAUCCAGUACGGAGCAACGCAAUAUUGCAUGGGAGAGCCGCUCCUUCUUGCAGCCAGAGAUGAAACUAUCUCUUUUCCCCACCCACCCCUUCCCACCCCUUCUUUGCUUAUUCCUCUUGAACUGACCCAAGUGGCGGAGGAUAAACUUUGGAGCUUGGCGACACCAGGGUGGGGCGGCAGCAGGUCUUCUCCACCUGAGGCAAUGCUGUUCUUGGAAGGUGGUCUUCAAAAGAGGGCUCCACUGUUUGGAAAACACAUCUCCAUGGGGAGUGGGGUCCCACAUGGUAGGAACAGAUCAACGUUGCACAACGGGAAGCAUGGAUCGGUGCAGAGAGACACUCUUGCGGCAUUAUGUGGGGAAAGGGAACUCUUCCCAAACUCCAAAUCGUGCAAGGGGGCUCUUUCUGCCCUCUUCUCCCCCGAUCUUUCGUGUGUGAGCUGCACAAAACAGAAAUGCACAAUUCCCAGAUGGGUUGGCUUUUCGCUCCUCUUCCCCUUCACUCCCCCUCCCCCCGUUUUCACGUUUCUUUAGUCAAGAAGGAUGACUGACAAGCAACUCUGGGAGGUUCCCUCGGUCAUCGCAACUCUGCUAAGUCAACGAGGCUGUCUCAGGGUGUCUGCCUAAACUCGAUAGGACUCCUAAGUGAUUCAUUAAUGAACAUAUCAAAUGUCUAAGCCCCGGAGCUGUUCCCACUGUUGAAUAUAAAGAUGGAGCUAGGUGAAGAUUCCAAGUGGGGUGGGCAGCUCUUGCACCUGUCAAAGGGGAAGGUAUGCAGGACUGAAGUGUUUCAACGGCUCAAAGAGAACUCUGUGUUCACCUCUGAGAAAGGAGUAACUCGCCUGUUGCAUGGCAAGACACAGCAGAUGGGAGCAAAAUAGUAAAAGGCGGACAGAAUUAAGAAACCUGACCAAAGCAGGUCUUCACAUGUUACCUACCUUCAUUCCUCUUUUUUUUUCUCUUGCCAAUAUGCCAAACUUUGAACAUUUCAACUUAAGACUUCUUAUUUUGCUUUUUCUAAAAAAAAAAAAAAUAGUGUCUUAUUUUUAAAGCAACUAAAAACAAAACACCACAUUUCUAGGGAGGAGGUGAGUAUUUAGCUAAUGUAAAAGGGAAGGUAGCAGGGGCAGAAUUUGGGAAGGCAAAACGGAACCAGCCAGCCCAGUGAGAGAACAAAAGCAGUGGCUGCGUGAUUAUUUAUUCGGAAUUAUAUCCCACUCUGGGGCUAAAGGGCUUGAUGGGGGUUCUACACCUAAAAGUUUACAGUGUUGAAGAGAGGGUGAGAAUGAAGUUCAGGAUCCUGCAGUGGAAUGCGCCCCAAUUGUGGCUUUGCGGUUUUACCUGGCAAAAUCACGUGCCAGCUUACAGAACAAAGAGUUACAUCAGCACAUAGUCCGCAGUGGAUCGCUCGAAGAAAAUAACCUUUAACCACAUUCCUUCAAGAAGCUCAGGGUCACAUACCUGGGAUUAUCCCUCACCACAAACCUGCAAGGUCAGGUUAGCACAUGGAGUGACUUUCCCCCAAGUAAAUGUCAUGAUUGAACGUGGCUUUAAAACCCAGGUCAUCCUGGUGCAGGACUUGACAGCCACUCCUGGAUCUUUGGUAGGAGAGUCUUGUUAAUCCCCAUUCUCUUUUGUGUACAUCAAACAGAGCUUUCCUUGUGUGCUGAAAUCCCCAAGGCAAUUAGCCUCCCCCCCCCAUAUUUAGUAUUAGAAUGUUAAGUAGAAGGUGAUUCAAAUGGCUUCAAGGAAGGAGUGGAUAUAACAAUGGGAGAGGUCAUUAUGGGGUUUGCUGUAGUGUAGGACAGGAGUCUGCAACCUGUGGGUCUCCAGAUGUUAAUGGACUACAAUUCCCAUCAGCCCCUGCCACCAUGGCCAAUUGGGGCUGAUGGGAAUUGUAGUCCAUUAACAUCUGGAGAGCUGCAGGUUGCAGACCCCUUGUGUAGGAAGAGGUGGCACAGGGACACUUGGAAAUAGCGGCUUGCCCACGCAGGCAGUUCCAGAUGGGCUACUUAAGGUCACUUCCUACCACGUCUUCCUCCUUUCCUAGCUUCACUCCUUGGAGUCUGUCCAAGUGACAGGCCGGAGCAAACGGACCUCACUAAGCAUAGCUCCUACAGACCAAAUCCCGCCUGGCACAGAAUCUGGAGUCUCAGAUAUUGUGAUUUUUCUGUCUGGCCCUUCUCACUGCAGAUAUAAGUUCGGAAAAACGUGCCAGCAGAGGAUUGGCUUCUUCAGACUUGUUUCACUAGGUGUGGUGGUAUUUUUCUCUGAAAGAGAGCGCCUUCCCACAAAAGGGUCUUGCAUCAAGGGCACUCUUCUUGUGCUAGAGCAGGGGCGUCCAGCUCUGGCGCUUCAGAUGUUCUUGGACUACAAUUCCCAUCAGCCCCUGCUGGCAUGGCCAAUUGAUGGGAAUUGUAGUCUAUGAACACCUGAAGCUCCAGAGCUGGACAUCCCUGUCCUAGAGGGAUGUGCCACGGCUAGUGGAACAGAUGUAUGGCACCCCAACUCAAAGUGGGCAAAAAAGUCUCGAGGAGUUGGGGCUGGGAGUAAUGUUCUUCUCUGCCUGGGUGUUAAGUCUUUCUCAAUCGUGUGUUUGUAUUUCUCGGUCUUGUGUUUCCAUUCUGUUUGUUGUCUGUGCCUUCCUUUUCUCCGGCCUGCUACUUGCCAUACCCUUUUUAAUAUGUUUAUUUGCCCAAACCGUUUGCAAAUUCUGAGCCCAAAACGCAGAGUCGCUUUAAAAACAGCUGCUGGCAUUUGAGAUUAAAUUUGUAUAAAAAUUCUGAAGAGGAAAAACAAACAUCCCCCUUGAUCUGAUUUUGACCCUCCUGGUGAAGCUAAUACUCUGUCUCAGAUAAAGAUAUUAGUAUGGUCAGUUGAGGUGCAGCAGUUAAGAAGAUGGCAUGCUUCCGCAUUAGAAUAUAGUCCCAAAUGAAUAUGAGAAUUAUCAUUCAUUUUUAUGUACUGCCUUUGGCAGUUUUGUGCAUUAUUGAGCAUGGUACUUUGAUACAAGAGCAUUUGUAGUUCAUUGAACAACUAUCAUUAAACUUUCAAAAGAUGGCGGGGGGGGGGGAGCAGGGAUAGGUAGGCACGAGGACCCAGGGGGAACACGCUACAGCAAGGUCUGGCACGUUGAGUUCUGUGGUGGAGGAGUAUACAAUUUACUAACAUCUUUUUCUGAGACAGAGUGAUAAUCUCUUGCAAAAUUGCGGGGGAAAUGGUUUAUUUUUGGAGAAGGUACUCCUUUUGACAGGAUUUUGAGCGGGAAAAUGUGGAAGGGGAGGCAGUGAUGAUUGUGGGCGGAGCUUUGGCUUGGCAAGGCAAAACAUCUCAACUGAACUUUGCGGUUGCCUGACCGUAACGUUGGACUCCCCCUUUGAAGGAAAGAAGUGGCGUGUACAUUUUUAAAAAGCAAUUUCUAGAAUUGUGGAGGGUCCCAGCAGCCCCAGGGCCUGGGAGAUGGGGAAGCUGCUUUUAAGAUGCCCCAGAACUCUCUCUCUCUCUCGCCAGCCAAAGCACAACACUUCAAGCUCCUUAUAGAGCACGUUGACUUCAGCACAAUUGCAGCUGAGCAGGGGGUGGGGGGAAAUGGAUGCCAGACUAUGGAUGUGGAAAUUGGAGUGAGAAACUGGGCCAUGGUGACUCUUGAACCUGGAUGCAGGCAUGUUGUGGGAAAGAAGGAUGAGGUGGAUAGGGAGGUGCAUUUGGAUCUUCUCAGAUUGAUUCUAGUACAUGACAAAUUUAUAGAGCCUCCAGAUGGAAGGACGACAGCCGCUUAACAGCACUACUGAACUCAAAACAGCAGAAUUGCUAUAAUACUUUUGCCAAGAUGCUUGGUAUGGUUCUACUGCCCUCUGUUGGGUUUUUGUCUUUUCUCCAUUACCCUUUCCUGCACUCUGGCAGCACUCUGGAUGUGUCCUGUUCAUACCUGGUUCUACCCAGUGGUGGGAUUCAAAUAAUUCAACAACCGGUUCCGGUGGUGGGAUUCAAAUAAUUUAACAAUUGGUUGUUUACGAGCACCAUUUUAACAACCGGUUCUGCCGAAGUGGUGCGAACCGGCUGAAUCCCACCACUGGUUCUACCCCUCAGAUAUACCGUUCUUGGGGUGGUUCGGUAGAUAAAUUAAAAAAUGCCGAAUGUGUCCGUAGACGGUUUUUGGACCUGGAACAUCCGAGAAGUUUGUUGGGAGGCCAAAAUUAGGAAAGGGAACCUCUGUCUCUGUUGAGUUCAGAAAUAGCUUCAGUGGUAUGGGGAGGGGAAAAACCUAAGCAUCCCCCACCCCACCCCACGCCAAACAAUAGAACGGCUGUCAGCUAUGUAAAGCCAUCUUGAAGUCAAAGCAGAUCAUGAUCAGCUGCCUCAUGUGGCUGUUUGUGUGAACUUGUGGGGGGGCAUGAUGCCAGAGCUGGGGGGAGCUUUGUGGGGGAGCUUUGAGGCAAUCCCUCUAUCUUUCUUAUGGUUUUGGAAGUUCAUCUUUGAAGACGUGGAAGGGCUGAAGGAGUUUUUUUUGGAGUUGGGACAGAGUUUCUGGGUGGCACGUACCUCCCUGCUCAUCUCUCCCUCCUUCAAACGGCAUUGGAAGACUGAAUAAUGCAAAAACAAGCAGGUACAGAAAAAUCUGCCUAUGUGGCUCCAUCCAUACCAGAUAUUUCUUUUAAUAAAGCGCCUGUGUUGGCCCUUGGCACUGAAACUGGAUUACCUUGGCACAGAGAGUGCAUGGCCCCGUCCCUGCUAUUCCUAGUCUUAUUGUGUGUGUAUGUGUGUGUGUACAUAUAAAUAUAUAUAAAUGUGUGUGUGCGUGUGCGCGUGUAUGGGGAGGGGGUGCCUCCUCUAGACCUGCACAAGGGCUGUAAUGCCCCAUACAUUCUACAGUCCCCUAGGCAGGAUCAGCACAACGGGGGAAGGGAAAACUGCCAGGGUCCUCUCCUCUCCUGUCUCCUUAUAGGACACGUAUUUGUAUCUGUUUUGUUUUCUUUAAAGCAGCUGUCACUUGUUUGCUGGUUGGUGUACUUAUUUGCUUUUGAGGGGGUGCAUACGGCCCAGGCUCGGGGCCUUAACGAAACCCCGCUCGCAUGACCAUGCACAACACGAGAAUUUCAUGCUUUCCUUUGACGAGCGCAUCUUGCGGUCGAGGUUUGGGUUACUUGUAGUCCCGAGGUCCAGUCCCGUCGAAAGGAAGCUGCGACGUUUUCUUUUCUUUCUUUUUUUUCAAAAAAAGAAACUGUGGUUUUCACAUGAGGUGUAAUCCAACUAGUCUGAGGAUACAAAAGAUCUCUUCAUCUUCCCAGCUAAGAUAAACACGUCUUGAAUAAUGUAUGGUGCUUCAGGGGUGGGGAAAAAAACUCCUUAAAAACCCACAAAAAAAACAACCAACACUGAAAGGCAACGUUUGCAUUGUAAAUAAACCGUCCUUAUUAGACUUCCUCUCGAUGCCAGCAUGACGAUAUUAGCUACUGUGCAUAACUGGCUUUUUAAAGAGAAAGAGAUGAGAAAUAAUAAUAAUAAUAAUAAUAUUAAUAAUAAUAUAACAAUGUAAUAAUAAAAUGAAAACAAACCAAUGGUACAAUGUAGCCUUUAUUCUAGAAAUAGUCUUCCUUGAAUGAAUGAAUAAAAAACAUGAAUUUA